AUGGUGAAGAAGAUGUUAAAGCUGCAGCUUCCCGAUGGAACCUAUAUUGAGGUUCCUGAGGACUAUAGUGAUUUAGAUUUAUUGGCUGAAGUGUGUACAAUGGAUCGUGAAAAACUUGAGAGACUUAUUGAAAAACAAGUCAGUCUCCCGAGUACGAGAAUACCUAAUGGCAUCGUCCUCGAGCGGCCAAGGGCAUCGUCUUCCAAGGACAAAGGAGUUGUAGAUAAUGGGGUAAUGUUGAGGGAAGAAAAAUCAUCCAAGAAACGACCCAUGAUGUUGACAGAUGAUGAUGAUGAUUCAACUAGCCAAGGUUCGGUGUUGCAUAGUAACAAAAGAAUAAGGUCGUGGGAAACAAAAGACGAUAACGCUACUAAUCAAACGGCGUCGUCAUCAUCUCAUCAUCAAGGCCCCAACACAUCACCCGCCAUGCCUAUAGAAUUCAGGAACAAAAUUGUUCAACUUGCAGGACCCAAUGCUAUCAUUUCUGAUGAGAUCCUGUUGAUUCAAAAGUCACUAACCUUGAGCGAUGUAAAAAAUAGUCAAAAUCGACUUUCCAUUCCAGGGAAACAAAUAAGAGAUGUCAAGUUUCUGACCGAUGAGGAGGAGAGACUGCUUUCUUCUCGCAAUGGCAAGAACGUGGGAUCUAUGGAUAAUGUAAUGAUUAUUGAGCCAUCCCUUGAAACAAGUCUAGUGAGCUUUCGCAGGUGGGAUAUGGACAAGGACAAUGGCAGCAGGAGCAGUUCCUACGUUAUCACCAAAACCUGGAAUAGAAUCAAAGAAAGAAACCAACUUAAAGCAGACAUGACCGUUCAAGUCUGGGCUCUUCGAGUUGGCGAAAAAUUGUGGUUGGUUCUUGUCAGGGUGUCUGAUUAG